GGAAGUGAAAGUAGCUCACAGUGACUGUAAACAUGACAGAAGCUAGACUUAGAUAGUGAGUUUGCGAUUUUAAAAGCGAUUUUCAAAAAAAUACGAGUGCAGAAACUCCUCUGAACUCGCUUUCUGACGAGCUUUGAGGUGGAUAUGACAGCGAUGGCAGUGAAGGAGUCGAUAUUCCUCCUCCUGGUGUUGUUUUGCUCUCAGAUCGCCAGCCAGGAGGCGAUUCUGCGCGCGUCUAAUGGAUCUACAUUCAAAGAAUACUGUCUGGUGUUCAACUCGUCCUGGAGCAACAUCUCCGACAGCCUGAGAGCAGCGGUGGGGUAUCCCCUGGUGAACCUGACGUCCACUCAGCUGUGUGCGGCGGGUCAUGUGACCCCGGGCUCGGUGAAGGGUCAGGCUGUGGUCGUGAUGCGUGGAGGCUGUGAUUUCAGUCAGAAAGCUCUGGUUGCUCAGGGUCUGGGUGCGUCUGUGCUUCUGAUCGCCAGCAACAGCAAUCUGGUGUCGCCGUCAGCCAACGACUCAGAGUACAACAAGGUGAAGAUUCCUCUGGCCCUGCUGAGAUACCGGGACCUCCUGGACGCGCUGCAGGUGUUUCCUCAGGGAAUGGAGGUGAGGUUAUACGCUCCCCCUGUGCCUGCGUUUGACGCCAGCAUCAUCAUCAUGUUACUGAUCGCUGUGUUCACGGUGACCAUGGGCGGGUUCUGGAGCGGGGCGGCCGAGAAAGCGAAGCUGGCGGCGGGCCCGUCGUCAGAGGCGUGUGAGGAUCGGGCCGACAGCAGUGAACUCUCGCUCUACUCUCCUCUGAAGGUGCUGCUGUUCGUGGCCAUGAUGUGUGUGAUGCUCGUGCUCAUGUACUUCUUCUACAAGUGGUUGGUUUAUGUGAUUAUCGUCAUAUUCUGCCUGGCGUCGGCAUCCGCGCUCUACAACUGUCUGGAUUCCCUGAUGACGGCUGUGGGCUGCGGGACGCUCAGCGUGUCCUGCCAUGAGAGAAGUGUGUCUGUGCGGUCGCUGCUGCUCGCCGCUGUCUGCAUUACACUGGCUGUGAUCUGGGGCGUGUACAGGAACGAGGACAGGUGGAUCUGGAUCCUUCAGGAUCUGCUGGGAAUCGCCUUCUGCCUGAACUUCCUGAAAACCAUCAGCCUGUCAAACUUUAAGAUCUGUGUGAUUCUGCUGAGUCUGCUGCUCCUCUACGACGUCUUCUUCGUCUUCAUCACACCGUUCCUGACAGCUAAUGGAGAAAGCAUCAUGGUGCAAGUCGCUCUCGGCCCGGGUGGAAGUGGAGGGAAGACUGAUGGAGUGUUUGUUCCCGCCGAUCCCUCGUCCUCCUAUGAGAAACUGCCUGUAGUGAUGCGUAUCCCACAGUUCUCUGCGGUGGCUCAGAACCUGUGUAUGAUGCAGUUCUCCAUUCUGGGCUACGGUGACAUCAUCAUACCAGGACUGCUGGUGUCGUACUGCCAUAAGUUUGACGUGUGGACGGGAAACUCCAGAAGAACAUACUUCAUCUCCAGCGCUGUCGCGUACGCCGUGGGGCUCGUGCUGACGUUUGCAGUGAUGCUGCUGUCUAAGAUGGGCCAGCCGGCUCUGCUGUACCUGGUGCCCUGCACACUCCUCACCUGUGCCGUCCUCGCCGCCGCCCGCAAACAGUUCCGCAGCUUCUGGACCGGCCCCAGCGUCCCGGUCCUGGACGAGUCUAGGAAGCCGUUAUUAUCAGGUUUGAGCUCUUGUUUUAGUCUGUGUGUUGCUUCUGUAAUGCCUGUGUUCCUUCAGUUCCCCUGCCCAACACUAGGUGGCGCUAGAGGACUCAGAUGAUCUGUGUCUAGAUGAGCUGCUUCUGUCUCUCCC